AACAAUAAAAGGACAAAAUGUUCAAUAAUGAAUUAAUUAUAAAAAAACAACAGCUAAAUUUAUAUAUAAGAUAGGAUAUUACUAGAAUGAGGUGGCAUAUGCGCAUUUGUUCCGUCUUUCUAAUACUAAUAUGUUUUGACUAUUUUCUGAUUAGAAGAUUUGUCUUAAAUAGUGAACGAAAUCAUCAUAAUGACUUGAACCUGAAUGAUUCAAUAUCCAUCAGAAUGGAUAAAAGUGAAUACACUCGAUUAUAUUUUGAAAAUGAUGUAUUUUAUGUAUCAAGUGAAACUCAAAUCACAACUCAAACUAAAAAAGUAGUUAUGUUUUACAACCUCCCAGAGUACAUGGACAAAUAUUUAAAGACUGAUCUUUAUUAUACAAACUGUGAUUAUAAAAAUUGUAUGUUAACGAAAAAUGCAAAAUUCGUCUAUUCAGCGGAUGCAAUUAUAUUUUAUAUAGGAAUACGGAACAAACGAUUGGGAAUGAAUCCACCUUUCAAUAAUCAACAAAGAAAUCCUAAUCAAGUGUGGAUAUUUACAACAAUUGAACCACCAGUGCAUUAUUACAAUACAGACUAUAUGUUAUCAUCGUGGGAAAAUCAGUUUAAUUGGUCUAUGCUAUAUCGACUGGAUUCAGAUAUACCGAAUCCUUAUGGUUGUUUACUGCUACAAACAACAUUGGAAGUAAAAAAUUAUGAUAAUAUAUACAAUUUAAAAGGUAGAAAUGCUCUUUGGAUUGUCAGCCAUUGUCAUGUUUCUAGUGAAAGAAGAUUAUACGUUAACGAAAUGAUAAGACAUGGAUUCGACAUAGAUAUAUAUGGUGGUUGUAGUUCUGAAGGUCGUAAGAUAAGUCAAGGGGAACUGGAAUCAAUGAUUCCUAGAUAUAAAUUCUUUUUAGCAUUUGAAAACUCUAUCUGUAAUGAUUAUAUUUCAGAAAAAUUCUUUCAAAAUUAUAAUCAUAGCUGGAUAAUUAUUGUACGAGGGGGAGCGGACUAUCACACAUUGCUACCAAAUAAGAGUUUUAUCAAUACAGCAGAUUUUGUAAACGUGUCGAGUCUUGUACACUAUCUUAUUAAAGUAGGAAAUGACAAAAAGAUGUAUGAAAGUUAUCUUAGAAAUAAAGAUCGUUUUGUAAGCCUCCGCUGGCCAAUGAAUAGAAAUUGUGAAAUAUGCCGUAGACUUAACAAUCUAGAUAAAUUUAGGAACACAUACAAAAAUGUUGGAAAAUAUCUCAACUUUGGUCAGUGCCGACGGGCUUUUGAUUUGUAAC